AUGAACUGCAAAUAUGCACGUCUUCAUAAAUCAAGACCAUUUGCUGUCAUGUUCAACAGACAACCUAACACACUUACUGAUUAUACAAGUGUACAAGCUAGCAAUCAAUUAACCAAAGCUCGAUUCUCCGACAAGGAAAUCAAAGAACUAGAAAAGAAGCUUGACAAUAUGAACAAAGUAGUCAUACCUGCUUUAAAGAACCGUAUUAAAGCUACACAGGACAAAGAUAACGCUUACUUUAUGAAGAGACAUAAAAUUAUAAAAACUGUCUAUCCCAUCGGAUCAGAAGUACUUAUAAGAAAUGUUGACAAAGUAAAAAAGACUGAUCCUAACUAUGAAGGCCCUUUUAUUAUCAGAGGUCACACAAAUAACGGUAGCUAUAUACUUGUUGACAAAACCAACAAACCGCUUACCAGAGAUGUACCUACUUCCCACAUCAAACUUGUACCUUCCAAAUCUGGAAAUAUCCCAGAGGAAGAAGAGUGGAUUGGCGAAGUAGAAGCAAUCAUAGAUGAUCGUGACAUGCCAACAGGAAACGAG